GGCUGAAUUCCCCGAUAUGAGUCUUUUCUUUUUGAGUCUGCCAUAAAGAGAUUUAGUUACACUCGGCCGUUUUGUUUAUCUUCUGAAACAAAAGAUAAAUGAUUCAUAGCGGUGAUUGAUUUUGGAAGCGGAUUGUUUUGAGUUUCAGCGAUUUAAUGCGGACGUGAUCCCCAGAGCAUAAAGUCUCUUUAAAUUAGAAUAAUUUGUUGUCAAAAGUUUAGGACUACACGACGUAGAAUGCAGAUCGGUUUGAAGUAGACUUCUGUGUGAUGGCCACCUUUGCUUUUACUUUAGCUGAGCUGGAAGCCUCAGUCAACUUUAUUAACUCUGUGAUGAGUAAGGACAGCGAUCUUGAAUGCCUACCAAUUAAACCCGCACAGAAGCUAUAUCAAGCGCAGAAGAACGGUGUUUUAUUCUGUAAAUUAUUAAAUCGAAUCAGAAGUGGAACCAUACCAUGCUCCAGGAUCAAUAAGCAAGUUAAAAAUAUUCAUCAGGCCUUAGAGAAUCAAAAGCUCGUGAUAGAAGGAGCACAGCAAUUGGCUAUUGACGUGCAAAACAUUAAAGCCGAGGACUUAUGGAGUGGAAAGGAAUACUUGGUCUUAGAAAUUCUGUGGAAAAUCGUGCGGGUUGGGUUGCUUUCCUAUGUGAAUGUGGAAAACCAUCCAAAUUUAGCAUUGAUGCGCAGGUCAAAUGAAAACUGGCCCAGAUUUGUUGAGCUUCCUGCAGAAGAGUUACUGAUCAGAUGGGUCAAUUAUCAACUGAGACACACACUUUAUAGGGGCCCAGAGAUGAUAGACUUCGGCUGCAGUUUAAAGGACUCUGUUAUAUACAGCUAUCUUCUGAAUCAGCUCUCCCCACAGAGGUGCAGUCUGUCUCCUUUGGAUGAAGAAGACUUGUUCAUCAGGGCAAAGAAAGUCUUGUCCAUGGCUGACCUGAUAGGAUGCAAGAAAUACCUGACGCCACAUGAACUUGUUAAGGGAAAUCCACGGCUGAACCUUGCUUUCUUGGCGAACUUGUUCCAUAGCACGCCAGGACUCGAGAUCUGUGCGACUGAUAUGGAAACUGCGAGACUUGUGGAGGAACUCAACACUGCUCAUGUCAGGUGUCGUUUGGUAGAAGAGGAACGAAAACUUUUGAUGGAAGUAACACGAGAGAUGUCUGAGGAACUGAAAGACGUGCGUAAGAAACUGGAAGAAAGCCUCAAAGAAAUGGAGAUUCUCAAAAGAAAAGCUUUGAGGCUUGAAGAUGAAAAUAAACACUUUACUGACGUUGAAGAAGCUGUUCGACGUUUAAAAGCAGAAAACUCGGUGCUUCAAAUUCAGCUCUCUGACGCGAAAGCCGUGGAAGAUGAUUCCCAGGCUACCAUAAAAAAUCAAGAAAUAACAAUUGAUAGUCUGAAGAAAGGAAAAGAGGUAAUGAGCAAAGAAUACACGGAGAAAAUGAACGAACUAGAGAACAAAAUCUCUGUAACUAAUCGGAGACAAACGACAAUGGUUCUCCAGAAAGAAGCUAUCGCGCAUGAGAGAGACCUCUUAAAACGGAAACAUGACAAAUGCGAUGCAGAACUCAAAAGACUUCAAACUCAGGUUGAUCGUCGUCAACGACACGUUCAUCAACUUCGUCAGAUUUUUAAAUAUUUUAUUUCCGACAAAGGACUGGCAGAAAAACUUUAUGGGAACUUGGAUGCGAAGUCUCUACAAAGCACAAACGGCAAAAGUAAAGUAACAACAUUUUGUCAGGAAGGAGGUCGGUAUUUACAAGAAACAGCUCCGCAAAUGUUCCUGCUGAAGGAUAACUUUUUAUUUGUGUUCGAUCACGAGGAGGAGGACAACCCUUCACUCGUCCUGCGCUUGGAUCAGGCCACAGUAAACAAACAAGAACACUGUGUACUGGAGUUGAUGUUCGCCCAGAAAGAGUUUUCGUACUACAUUAAAGUUUCUCCCGCCUCGUAUGUCAAAGAUUUGCAACAAGAACUGGAACUGGCCUCUGACUGGUGGACUGACAGACAGAGGACUUCACCAUGUUCCAGAUUCAAAGAGGUCGUUCGGUCGAACAUGUUGACCAGCGGUGAUAACAGAAAAAAAUUGAACUUGAAACAAACUUCAAUUAUAACGGCAGACGUGUGACGACGCGACGGCCUCGAUCCCAAGUAAUUUAGUCAUCAGAAAAGUUAGAAUUUUCAUGGAAAAGAGGCUUGAGGUUUUUGCGAUUUCUACGAGAACUGCCAGAAUUAAGGGAACUCUUGGGCCUUAAAUCUCUAAACCACAAUGAGUUCACUUAUCUGCGCCUUAAAUCAAGUUGUAUUUCACUUCUAGCAAAAAAGAGAGUAGAGCAAAAACUGUAGAAGGGCCUUUAGACUUUGUGAAGAUAUUCACUAAAUGUGUCAUGGAUAAAAUUCAUGGCUGUCAGUGAGGCAGUUGCAAUCAGUCGACAACAUUGAAACCUAUCAUGAGUCGAUAAGCAUUAGAGCUAAUUCUGGGUUUCAGGAAAACUCUUAUUUCCUCAUUAACUUUAUUGUUCUUCCAAGUAUCUUUUUAUUUGCCAAUACAUGUUCUGCAUGAAUACCUUUCUGUAAAUAAUUUUCGCGAGAUUGUCUUAAUUUCUUAAGCUCCCAUCAAUAGAGACUGAAAACGGUUGAAAUAUUUCGGUUUAACCUUAAUCCAUAAAUAUUAUCUAUGAACUAAUCUGAUAUCUAUUAUCUAAAUAAUUCUAGACAUACAGAGUGUUUAUCUCAGCAGUUAAUUCAAUUAAACUCUUUUUUUUUU